GUGCAGCGGACCAGCUGUACAACAUGGCGCAGUUUGUUACCCAGAAGGUUACCGAGAGUGACAUCUCACAAGACACGGUGGAGAGGCUGUCUGGAAUCAUCUUUACAGGAGCCUUUAAUGUCUUCAAAAGCUCAGAAGUUGUUGCUGGCUGGAAACACACCGGAACCGGGCCACCUGAAGAUGCCAACACGACCGAAGCAACUUUGCACAAGACUAGAAACGCCACCACCACGGCUUUUCUGGCCAUAGACUUACUUACGGACCAGAUUCUGAAGGGAAAACGUCUGGUCGAAGACGUGACAAUGAUAUCAUCACAGGACUUUCAGGUCGUGGUCAACAGGACAGACUGCCUCACGUGGUUCAACGACGUGAACUACACCGUGCACUUCACCAGUUUUGAAGAAGGGACCUGGUUUCGACUGCCGCCAUUACCAGUGAUUAUAAGGGGAUACGCUCGCAAAACUUUGAAUCUCACCGGUGACAUAGACGAGGACCAGCUCAGGAUAAUCACGAGCAAAUUCUGUAAAGCCAAUAAGCUUGGAACACAGGUUUUCAACAGCCGAUGGAGGAAUCCGUUUGAGUACGCCACGAACUUCAGUCACCGAGAUUUAGACAUAGGAAUAGGAGGGCUGCACUUCAGUGACACCUACGAAAUGAAGACAAUUUCUGGCCUCGAGGAGCCCAUAGAGUUUUCCAUCCUGAGGCACAACCAGUCCGUGGUAACUGCAGGGUUUGACGACGUUGAAGUAGACGGGACAGUUGUGUACACCGCCUUUACGACCAACGGCUCCAUCGGCACUGCAGACACUUUCAUCUUCCUGGCGCCCAAGGAUCCUCUGAUGUCCCCAACCUUUACCCUGUACCUGGCUUACGGCAUCAAACCCAACGCGACUCUGAAUCUUUUCGACCUGAGCACCACUCUUCCACCCCUGCUAACAUGA